UUCAGCUAUCCAGUUUUGAAUGAUGGUAAUAAAAAUGUCCCGUUAGGUUCGUCCAAUGUUCUCUUAGUUAAUGAGCUUUUAAUGUAUGAAAAAGAUCGCCAACUGGCAACCUUGUUGAAAAACCAGAUUCUCUAUGUGAAAGCGAGGAAGCGCGAAACCAGUUGGUCCUACUUCCAUUAAUUGUGGGGACUCGCCGACACACUUGCGUUAUUUAUUGAUAUGUGUGCCCGAUUCAUGUUUAAGAACACGUUUUUUUCAUUCAGCGUUUGUAAAAUAGUGAACUUGCGGUAGGGUGCAUCAUGGAUUUAUUUAGAGAAAGUCAUUCAAGAUGAAGAAUUGAAGUUAAAUUAGUUCGAACAGAAUGAUUCGCUGUUUUGGGAUCCUCAUCUUCAUUUUAACCACCUGUAAAUCACUGUCCAUUGUUGAGAAGAAAAAUCAUGCGGACAAGAGUGACCACACUUUGAAUUCCAGUUCUAAGAACAGUCUUAAUGCGAGGACUGACGAUGCUCUGGAAUCAACUAAUUUCUAUUCAUCUGACGUAGGACCUUAUGACACCUUUUCGGAAUAUGGCAAUUUUUACGAUAGUUAUCCUGGAAUGCCGUACUUUCCAGAAUUCGGAGAAAUAUUUCGGAUUUCUAAAACAACUACUCAAGAACCACCUUUCCAGUUUCCAGAUUACGUCCGGGAGGCAUUCCCGGAUGGUUUACCAGGGGGCGGAGCUAGAUCCACUGUAAGAUCUGUACCCGGAGGUAGAAGGCCUUUGAGGCGCCCACCCAGGCCAGCCUCCAGUGGAACUAGAACAAAAGUGACCAAACAGGACCAGAGUGAGCCAAAGGACAAACCCAGGUCUCUGAAGAGUAUGACCCUCAACAAAUCCAGGAAUUAUCCCAAAAUAUUUAAAUUCAAUCCCGAUCGAGUGAACCUUGCCGAGUUUGACACUAAGAAAAAAAUCAGCGAGAACUAUUUGUCUCUGUUGAAAGGGGAUGAACUAGAUUCUGACAGGGUUAAGAGGAAUAAGUUUCUAAUACUCCACGGUGGUGUUUUUGAAAUAGAACGCUUCAGAAGACGUGGACCCGGGACUUAUUCGAAAAAUGUACCCUCCAAGGAUUCUUACUACGAAUUCAGUUCUGAUAUUGAUGAAAGUUAGAAAACAUCUUUGCAAGAGUUCAGAUUAUUUCGGAAACAGAAAUGUUAUUUUGUUAUGAAAACAAAUGUUUGUAAGCACCAAACCAUGACAAUUGGACAUAACCAUCCCCAUCUGUAAAAAUGAGCUUGAUAUUGUUAAUAUUUUUAUAAAUUAAAAGAUUUUAUGGACAUUUAAGAAACGAUAAAAAAAAAGGCAAUGUAUAAUAUAUAUGUAUAGAAAUUUUGAAUGUUGCGAAAGAAACAGGCGGGACCAAUUAUCAGAUAUUUUGCCAGUAAACCUCUUUUCAGAAGUGGAGUGGUGAUUAAGUAGUAGACUAAUUGAGGGGAAAAAACAACUGCUCUUUGCAAAAGUCUCCCACAUUUUGAUAUGCCCCAAGCUAAUUUGAAAAUUCUACAAUAGUUUCUAAUUUUCUUGAUAUUCUUUAGGCUUCUUACAAUGGGUCUAUAUGUCUUUAGGCUAAUUUGGAGAAUGUGCUAAGAAUGGAUUGAAUUUGUGGAAGCUUAUUGCAUUAAUCCUUUUAUAAGGCUAUUAAUAAUAAGCAUUCACUACUGUCUGGUUUGACUGCAAAUUCUCUGAAACAAAUCAGGCUAUUAGAGUAAUAAAUGGAGGACUGUUAGGUAUAUGUUCUAUUCAGAUUAAAGCUAUGUGGGGAACUGCAAUACUCAAGUGUAAAAUCCAGAAAUUUAGUUCAAGAAAUAAAAAAGUAUCUGCUUAGGAUUUUAACAUAAAUGAAAGAAGUGCACUUUUAUAAUAAGUAUCUAAAAAAAAUGAAUAGCAAGAAAGUUUUUUCAGAUUCAUUAGUCUAAUAGAAUGCAUGACAUUUUUUUAACGAAUAAAGAUGCAGCAAAAGCCGAGAAAUAAGCGGAGUUAGUGGAAAAUGAGAUCGGUUUUUGAUUAAUGAUUAUUUGCCUUGUUGUUCAUUAUAACUGUUUCAACUGAAUGGUAAUAUUUUGUUUGGCCAUAAUCAAUAUAAUAUCCAGUUAAUAAGAAAUUUAUAGCCUUUAAUUGUUAACAAAGAAUAUUGCAAUUUUAGUGGUUAAUGAUAUUGUAUGAUGUUCUUUCAAAUUCUUGGCAUUUUACAUACAACAGGGCAGAUGUUCACCACUGUUGAUUAUGUUAUUUAAUUUUUCAUUCACCUCAAUAAUACACCACCACUUAAUUUUCACUUUUUUGUAUUAUAUUUCAUACAAUUUGGUAUAUGUUGGGCAAUGAUCAAUCAUUGAUUUAAUAUAAACUAACUAAUAAAAUUUUAAAAACAAA